AUAGCGAAAUUACUAAUAACGGUCCCGAAACUAUUAACGAAAAUGUCGCUAAUUUUGAAAAAGUUGAUUCGUCGUUUUACAUUUUAGAUAAUUUAAAAAAUGAUUUGAAAUUAUCCGUAGAUAUAGAGCUUGAAAUUCUUUAUUUAAAUACUACUCGAAAAGUUAUCGCCGAAUUAUGGGAAGAAAUUACAAAAUUAAAUAUUCAA